UUCACGGCAUGCCUGGGCAUGUCUGCCCAUUCACUUCAAUGUGAUGGGGAGUUUAUGAAGCGCGCGUGGCAACCCGGAGCUAGCUCAGUGUGUUUCAGGUACCGAGGAGAGCAGACCGACACUCUACGCAGGAGAAAAUCCCCCGGUUGUGAAAAUGCCUCUGGCCAUAGAUCUGCUGAACCCCUCCUUUGAUUUGGAGAGAAGACGACACAAGAAGAAGAGGCUUGUGCAGAGUCCAAAUUCAUACUUCAUGGAUGUUAAGUGCCCAGGUUGUUAUAAAAUCACAACAGUCUUCAGCCAUGCCCAGACAGUGGUGUUGUGUGUUGGGUGCUCGACAGUGCUCUGCCAGCCCACAGGAGGGAAAGCCAGGCUGACAGAGGGCUGUUCUUUCAGAAGAAAGCAACACUGAAGAGAAUAUUGGAAAAUGGACUAUUUAAGAAAGAAAUUGUUCCAGUUUCUUUAUCUUUUCAUUGAUUGCAAUGAGUGAUGUUGUGACUAAAGUAAUUGCAUUAAAGGUUAUUUCUACCUUACCACUUUCUGAAUAAAGGACUAGCAUUACA